GGUGAUCACGCUUGGUUGGCAACCAUAUCUCGGUCCCUGUCUCCCUCUGACACCAUUACAGACACAAGCGAGCUGGAGAUAAGUCCUGUAUCGUCUCACCAGGAUAUAACUGUCAAUAUACCUGUCUGCUUGCACCUACCAGUGACUGCAGUGGCGACAAGGCCCUGGCAUGAUUGAAGAUAGAUGUGUGUGAUAUUGAACACAGACUGCCUUUAGAGAUGAGACUUUUGUGAAGGAGGUCUAUAGAUGUCCUUUGUGUCUUCAGAGGAAGGACUACUAUUUCAGAGAAAAAAACUAUUUUUAACUGUGUUUGAUGAGAAGAUGGAGUGGUCAGGAGAUGCUGAUUUGAAUUUGGGAUCUAGUUCAGUACCGCGUGAUGUUGGAUCUGGUACAGUUCUGAGUGAUGUGGGAUGUGAUCUAAACCAAAGUGACGGCGAAAAGAAAGCUUGUUCAGCAAGUCCAGGGGGAGAUAUGUCUUCCAGUGUUGAUAUUGGGGUGAUUAACAAGAAAGAUGAGUUCGACUCUUGUCCAAAAGAGGGUGAAGUUAGUUCUGGAGCAUCUGUGAAUGGAAACGGCGAUGUUUCGAGGAAUGAGGGGACUGACGUGGACGCCGUCAACUCAAUAUCAGAGCAGGCUUGUGAACAAAAUGACGCGAGAGACAGUGUGGAUGUUGACGCCACACCUGAGUUAACGGAAACCCCAAGUGAGACUACCAGCGGCACCGUGAAACAAGAUGAUCCAGAUAUUAAUGGAAAUUCAGCCACUGAACAAGACAAUAACCUUUCUAACACCGCUACUCCAACGCCUCUCACUAAACAACAUUCUAACGGCGUUAAGAAAGCCCCCAUCAAGAGAACGGCCUCAAUACCCACAAAACUGCCUCUUUCCCGCAAUAGUUCCAGAACGUCAAGCGGUAGCUCUUCCCCAGCGAGCCCUGGUGCCAAACCUAUGUCCAAGAAUAUCCAAGGGAAACAAGAAUCUUCAGUAAAUGGGAAUAAAUCAGCCGACGUUUUAUUAACGUCAGACAAAGGUCAAGGUCAAGCUUCACCAGAAACCAGCAAACGUGCUCUGAAAAGAAAACCGUCAAAGUCGAAACUGCCUAUAAGCAGUGGCACGCCCACUAAUGUACCAAACACGCCUCCGUGCACACCACAACCGCACUUACUUGGGAGACAAACGUCAAAUGAGAAAUCUCCGCCAUCACCUGUAGAUGUGAACCUAGUUCCUAGCCGAAAAAAGUCUACUUCCAAGCUUCCUAUCACAGAGUCCCCCCAACCAGCCCCUCCCGUUACAUCCACACCGGACCCAAAGGGAGGUCCAGCUUCACCCCCAGCAGCAGACAUACCCCCCAUCACUCCCCAGAAGGUUACCCCGGGACCGAAGAACGCCAUGACCCCCAGAAGGAUCAUAGAGGAAAACGAGGCUUGGAAGGAACAGGUCAAACAGUUCCAGCUAUUCAAGAUGGCGAUGUCGGAGACUGUGAACCUUGACCCCCGGACCCGUUUCCUCCGCUGUUUGUUCUGCACGCACCUCUUCACCAUGAACGGCCGCGAGCCCCGGAUGUUGGGCUGCUGCCUGAACGCAAUCUGCUCUGCGUGCGCAUCAAAGCUGUGCCUUGAGAGCUCCUCGCACCUCCGUUGCCCUGUAUGCCGACAAUCAGUUACUAUGCCCCAAGCAAACGGAACCAACGAGUCCAUUGACGUCAUCGACGAGUCUGUUGUAGAUGGAGGCACGGUGGAUCUACCGGUUGAGCUGAUACGGAUCAAAACCAUGGAGUACCAGCAUAUCCAGAAGGGCCUAAGCUUUCCGUGUUUGGUCUGCAAGAAGACGCAGUCCACGUGGUUCUGCGAGAACUGUGAUGGAUACAUGUGUGACGUAUGCCGUGACGAACAUAAGGAGGAAACCAAGACGAAACGUCACAGCACCGUAGCAGUACCUAACAUGAAAGCCAGACAACUCAAGGACUUUAAACAGCAUUACUGCAAAGAUCAUAGUUUCUCUAAGGUUACUCUGUACUGUACGACAUGCAAACAGGUCGUAUGCAACAUUUGUAUCAGGGAAGGUCAUGACAAGGACACACAUAAUGUUCUCACAAUACAAGAGGCUUUUGGAACCAGGAUCAAACAAACUGGGAAACUGUUGUCCAAAGCGCGAAAGAAGCACAGACAUUUGACAGACUACGGCCAAUGCUUGAAACUGAAAUCGGACAGCAACGAGGUCUCUGAGACAACCGCCAAAGAGAGUAUCAAUGAAGUAUUCGACCAUCUCAUGGAUAUCAUGCAACACCGUCGCACAGAACUACUGGCUGAGGUGGAUCGUGAUUCGGCCACGCUUGCAACAUCAGCGACGGUGGACACCGAUUCGACCGACUGUCGCCUGUCCAUGCUAAACACAGCGACCGACUAUGCAAAGGAGUUUAAAUCUAAGGCUGACAACGUUGAGUUCUUGCAGCUCUUCCCGAUGGUGUCCAACUCCCUCAAGAACGUCCUUGACAUUCCCAAUGGCCAAGUGCAUACCACACGACAGGGUGUUGUAUUCUCUCCCUGGAAUCUGCAGAUGGUGGAGACGUUACUGAAGACGGCGGGACAGCUACGGGUCGUCACCUACAAGCCGACAGGACGCAAGGGACGAGAGGAAGUCCAAAUGAAGCCAUCACUGCACCCGGAAGGUCAUGACCUGGACGUAAUCACCACUCUGGAGGAACAGGGCAAGGAUCUCAAGACAGUCAGGGACAUUGUCUGUUGUCAUGACGACCGGGUCAUCAUGAUUCCGGCCAAUGAGGACAGAGGAACAAUCCGCAUUAGCUGUCCAAGACUGUCAUUCGAUCUCCAGACUAUUCACCCAGAUAGGACCGUGACACCAGAGGGCGUUAUGGUCAACUACGCUCCUGAGCGCCCCCUACCGAACACCGGAUGUCGUCUGCGCGCUUAUCCCGGAUCAAUGGCGGACACGGCUCUGGACGGGACUGGAUUCAUGCUAUGGGUUGUGAAAACCAAGGUUCACAUAAAACAGCGUGUUCCUGAUAACAAGAUGUUAUUUGAGGCAGCUUUGACUGGUACGCCCGUAGAUGCUCCUCUCAGUCAAAGAAUUGAUUCCAGUCUCGUUCUGGCUGGAUGCGACCUUCACCAUGAGCUAUGCAUCAAAAUCAAAUAUUGCUGUAAAAAUCUGGCGCAUUUUAGUGGCUGCAAGAACGCCGCUGGGAUUAACGCAGACUUCCAGUUUGGCAUGCUUCUUGAUUUUGAUCGUCGCCGUCUUCACGUUCUUGAUCUGAUCUCGAACACGGUUGUGAGUAAAGCUGAGAGGAUCAGUAUUCACAAACCUCUGUGGUCGAUAUUCUGCGUCGGGAGAUUCACGUACGCCGACGUCAAAUUAGAGGUGACCUCUGCAGACAAGGUCAAGGUCACACCAGAGCUCUUUCAAUUGUUGACGAAGGUUGUUGAUCAAGAGAGAGCAACGAAGAAAUAGGAUUAGGAUAGACAAUCCAGAGUGCAACCUCAUUUACUCGAAGUCCAUGGGAUUAUGAAAUGUAUUUCUAGUUAUCCGUAGUUUGAUACAAGCGAAGUGUCGGAGAGAUAAAUGUUUAUGUUAAAUCAGCACUACUUCACCCAUAGGCUGUCGAAAACAAGUAAUUUACAAAAAAACAACAUCAGGAAGAAUACUUAUGUACUGUAUACAACCUUUGUCACACAUGAGACAUAAA